CAAAUAUUUGCAUUUCUAUCCACGUAUAACACACAUGUACAAUAUUCAUUUUCCUCACUAUAUAUAACUUAGCAAUUAGCAUCUCCAUUGAAAUAAUAUCCUAAACUAACCAACUCUUUCUUUUGCAUAGUUCUAAUUCAGCCAUGUAUGCUCCAAGUUCCACAAACACAAUAGAAGAGAAGGUGGUGAUUGAUUAUACACCAUAUUUUCGCCUUUUCGAAAGCGGUCGAAUGGAGAGACUAACAGAAGUUCCUCCUGUCCAACCAUCACUAGAUCCCAAAACAAAGGUGGAAUCUAAAGAUGCAACAACAAAAGAAGGUGUCUUAGUUAGGCUGUUUAAACCAAACCUCCCUAAAAACAAAAAAGUACCACUAUUACUAUACUUUCAUGGAGGUGCAUUUAUCUUUGAAAGUACAUUGUCUCCAAAAUAUCACAACUACCUUAACAAUUUAGCCUCUGAAGCUCAAGUAAUGAUUGUUUCUGUUGAGUAUAGACAAGUACCCGAACACCGUCUCCCAGCAGCUUAUCAUGAUUGCUGCAAUGCUCUAAAUUGGGUGGUUUUUCAUGCUAAGGAAGUAUGGAUUAAGGAUCAUGUAGACUUCACUAAAGUCUACUUAAUGGGUGAUAGUGCAGGUGGCAACAUAGCACAUUAUUUGGCAAUGCGACUAGGGGUUAAGGGCUUACCUUGUGACUUAAUAAGUGGCAUUAUAUUGGUGCAUCCUAUGUUUUGGGGGAAGCAACGCAUUGGCAAUGAGGCUGCAAGAUGCAGCCUAAUGUCGGCCCCGGAUUUAGCUGAUCAAGUAUGGGCAUUUGCUUGCCCUACUAGUAGUGAUGGUGUUGAUGAUCCUUGGUUUAACCCGGCUCGAGAUCCGAACUUGAGGAGGUUAGGGUGCAAGAGGGUGUUGGUUUUGGUUGCAGGGAAUGAUUUCUUGAGAGACCGAGGGUUGUACUACAAGGAGGUUUUGGUAAAGAGUGGGUGGCAAGGAAGAGUAGAUGUGGUAGAGUGUAAAGGGGAGAAUCAUGCCUUUCAUUUGCGUAAACCUUCCUCUGUUAACUCUGUUUAUCUUAUGACAAAAGUUGUUGCUUUCCUUAAUCCUCAACGUUCUGCACUCUGAAUAACAAUGUGUUUGAUGGAGAAUCACAAAUUGUAAUGAGUAAUGACAAUAUGACAUUGAUACUUUUAGUAAAAUAGCAUAGUUACUAAUUGAGGGUAAGGAUGUUUUUUUAAGUCUUGUGUGGUGAGGCUGUUGUGGUCUUUCCAUUCGCUUGUUAUCUACCAACCCGUUUGAUAUUUAUUAGUGAUUCUCGUUUUCGAUUGACCUGGCGUUAUAUAUGUAUUUAUGAAAAAGUGAUUUUGAUGAAAAUUUA